GUUGAUCCUCUCCGCCACCGCCGCCCGUUCUGCCCCUGGCCAACUUUUCUCGCCGCCCCGGGCGUUCGCCUUCAAAAAACUAGUUGUAGGCAGCUUAUCCGGGGUUGACCUGCGCUCGCCCUGCACCGAUCUUUUUCUUCUGACCUCACGUCGCCGCUCUUUUGUUGUUCAUGGAUAUGGUAUCCGCACCCGGGUUUGGAGUUCUACGGUCCUGGUCGAUUAUUAUUAUUCUUUAGCGGUCUGCGUCUUUCGCGGGGAGGCAUAUAUCGCCCGCUACCCUGCAGCGCCCCUUACAUUGCUUUACGACCGUCUUCGAAACCUGCGCAUACGAGCCGGUCUUGAGGCCAAUUUCCCAAUUAAUAUUUAAUAUUCCACUGCCACGAGCCGUCCUGGGAGACCGCACGCGCUCCUCCACGCCCCCGUUUCCCAGCCGUCUUUCUAUCACAUCACCAGCCAUCUCGACGGCAUGUCUCCAACAGAUGGGGCUGUCGGCCCAACGACGCAGCGGCGAAGGUCGUCUGUGAUGCUUCGAGUCCGUCCUAGAACCGCUGUUUCCUCUGCUUCCCCUGGAGCUUCUCCACAGAUGCCCGCAUGGCCUCCGUCAGACAGCUGGAAUCCGUCCCGCGAGGUCAACCGUCGAGACGCCGCUCAACACUUUAUGGACGAGCAGACUACACAAGCGGAGCGAUGGGAGGACCAUGACGCAUACAACCAAGAGGGCCCAUAUAAUAUUGCACAUGCGUUGGAGGAACCGCCUGCGUUCGCAGAGCCCGGUUCUGGGCAUCGUUCCGGGCAUCGUUCCGCUAAGAGCUUUUCAAGCUUGCGUCACGGUGUUGAUGGCCUACGUGCUCUUGGACGACGGCUUUCCGUGAGUCUUCGCAGUAAAUCGUCCAAGCACGGUCUUCGCGUUCCGCUCGAAGAAGGUCCAGAAGAUGAAUCAGCCGCCAGGCGUCAGUUUUAUGGAAGCUGGGAGGGAAGAUCGCGGACGUCCUGGUUCAAACACCAUGGUCUCCAUCGUCGACCAUCUCUUCCCACUGUUACCGCGCUACAGAGUUUGUAUGCUCCGGCCGGUUAUGUUUUGGCACCUAUUCCUGGCAAUGGCACUGAGCCUCCAGUUCUUCCGGAUGGUCCGUUUGGCGGUACUGCCGCGCGGGCUGCCGCAGCAGCUCAGAACGAAUUGACGAAUGCCGAGCGUGCAGCAACCAAGGCUGACUCGAAGAUUUGGGAUGGCAAAAUCACUAGAGACUCGGAGAGUGGGAUCGGGAUUGACUUGCGGGACCGCUCCGAAAUGUCUGACGCCGAACUGGCAGUCGUCCGCAUAGACCCAGUAGAGUAUCUGCCCACCGAAGUCAUGGCUCAGGUCCUUUCAUGUCUUGACCCAGAGUCCCUCAUGAACGCUGAGGCUGUCUCGCAUGCUUGGCGCAAUGAGGCGUCCUCUCGCCACGUUUGGAGGACUGUCUUCCGACGCGAGUUCGGACCUCGUCGCCAUGAGACAUCAUUAACAAGGCGGAAGACACAGUCGGCUGGUCUGGGGAAGACUUUACCUGACCAGGACUGGAAGCGAAUGUUCAUGGUGCGCCAAGCACUGGAACAUCGUUGGAAGGAAGGAGAGGCUGCCGCAAUUUACCUCCAAGGACACAAGGACAGUGUUUAUUGUGUCCAGUUCGAUGAACACAAGAUCAUCACAGGUUCUCGUGAUCGGACCAUACGUGUAUGGAACGCUCAUUAUCCUUGGCAGUGUCUGAAGAUUAUCGGUCCUCCACCAGGAGACUCAGCUGGGGUGGGACCAAAUGUUCUUAUGAACCUCACAGCGCAUUCUUCAGAAAAGUCAAAGUCACCAAUCGUCACAAUCUGCCCUCCUUCCAAGCCAACAGCGGGUCUCGUUGCGCCCCUGGAAGAGUCAGGCGAUUACCACAGUGCUUCCAUUCUCUGUUUGCAAUUCGACGAUGAGAUCAUGGUCACUGGUUCCUCUGAUUAUACGUGCAUUGUAUGGGAUGUGAAGAACGACUACAAGGCCAUCCGUCGUCUCGAAGGCCACAAGGCUGGUGUUCUGGAUGUCUGCUUCGAUGACAGAUAUAUUGUCUCGUGCUCCAAAGACACCACCAUCUGCGUGUGGGACCGCCAUACUGGUGAAUUGGUUAAGAAGCUACUAGGUCAUCGUGGCCCAGUCAACGCAGUGCAACUGCGCGGUGACCUCGUCGUCUCCGCCAGCGGAGAUGGUGUAGCAAAGCUGUGGAACAUCACCUCUGGGCUUUGCAUUAAGGAAUUCCCCAGCAAAGACCGAGGUCUUGCUUGUGUGGAAUUUAGUGAAGAUGCACGCACCAUCCUCGCCGGCGGAAACGAUCAGGUGAUCUACCAGUUUGAUGCCAACACGGGCGAGCUGGUCAACGAACUGAAGGGUCACGCUGGCCUCGUACGGUCGCUGCACCUGGAUGAUAUGAACAACCGUAUCGUCAGCGGAAGCUACGAUAUGAGCGUUAAGGUCUUCGACGCCACCACCGGCGAUCUCUCAAUCAACAUGGGAGGUUGGACGACCAGCUGGAUGCUGAGUGCUAAAUCCGAUUACCGACGCAUUGUUGCCACGAGUCAGGACUCGCGGGCAGUCAUCAUGGAUUUUGGGCAUGGUUUGGAUGGGAUCGAGUUGCUCGAGGAGUAAAAAUAAACGGAGCAUUCUUUUGUCAUUUUCUUUCUUU